GCCGGGUGCGCGCGCUUUUCGCACCACCCGAUAAUUCCAGGGGGUCGAUAUACAAGAUGCUGUCGGGGGAGCUUGUUUCGGUCCCGAGGUCCUCGGCGACCGUCGCCCAUCGUCGACCGUCGCCGACCGGGGUCUCGGUACGCGCAAAAGCGCACUGCCCGCGCGAUCUCCCGUUGUUGUCAUUUCGUCCGCGCCUGUCUUGGCGACAAGUAUCCCUACUAACGAAACGCUCCACCGCUCGACGGUUCACCUACGCCGGAAGGAAUACGACGUCACGGCAUGACGUCCAACUGCAAUAAUGUACAGGGAACGCCGGAGGCGGAUUCGACGACCGCGACGGCCGGCGACGGUACGUCCGCCUCCACCGCCUCCAGUCGCAACCCUUUGCUGUGCUUCCUGUGCGACGACUACUAUACCGACCCGUGCAUCCUGCUGUGCUUCCACACGUUCUGCGCGAAAUGCGUGCGCGUCAAGAGCCAGGACGGCAGGGUCAUCUGUCCACUGUGCGGAACACAUACCACGCUGAAAGAAGGCGUUCAGCUCCCACCUCCUGAUUAUUUGAUGUGCAAACUAAUCGAAGUAGUAAACGUCGAGAACCCUCCUUGCGCCAACUGUGACAAGCGCGAUACGUCCUCGAUGUACUUCUGUUCUACUUGUGGUCAAGCCUUAUGCAAAUCGUGCCGUGAAAACACCCAUCGCGCUAAAAUGUUUUCUUCGCACGACAUUGUUCAAAUGUCCAAACGUUUGGCAGACAAAACCGAAAUAUGUUCAAAGCACGACGAAAAGAUCAGUUAUUAUUCAAAUACUCAAAAACAUGUGAUUUGUACCAGUUGUGUACGUGAAAAGCCUCCCGACAGUCGCAAGGCAUGCAUAGAUAUAGAUGUAGCUUAUAAUCAAAACUUGAAAAAAUUAGAUAGAGCACUUAUAUCUGUAUACGAUAUGCAGAGUACAAUACGAGAAGGCGUGGUUGCUUGCCACACACUACUGGAGGAGUUGCGACAAAAUACCGACACGGAGAAAUUGACGAUACACAAUUUUGUGCAAGCACUCCAUGACGCUAUAAACAAAAUUCAAACUGACAUGCAUUUAGAAGUCCAACGACAAUAUGAAAUAAAAGAAAGAGCUUUUCGCAAUCAGCUUUUGACUUUAAGUGCAGUGCUUCCAAUUUUGCAACAUCACAUUCUUCUUUGUAGAAAUUUUGUAUCAACUUCAAAUAAAUAUCAUUUUCUUGAGAUUGUAUCUCUAAUGAUUGAUCGAUUAAACACUAUUGUCAAAAUUCCUCAGCCAACAAAGCCUUUAUUAACGAGUACGAUAAAAACGAACUACCGUUCGGAGUUUGCUCAAUGUUUGGAACCUUGGUUCGGUAAAUCAGAAUUAAAUGACUCGUGUAUAUAUGAAUCAUCGAAAAAUAUUAGCAGUCUAGCAGCUAAAUCAAAAGAAAAUUUAAACUUAUCACAUUCUUCAUUACCUAGCAAAAGACAGCAUUCUGCUCUAAAAGCCAAAGCUUUAGAAGGUGAAGGACCUUUUUCCAAUCAUUGUCGAAGUUUUGAUUCUCAAAUCAAAGAACUGGGAACUCAACUGGGAUGUGUUAAAGACCGUUUAAAUGAACUACAGAGGGAAGUGAGAGCUCUUCAAGGUACUAAAUCUCCUGCUGUACCUCCGUUGAUCUUGCGACAUCAAAAUAUCAUCAGGGAUUGUCUGCGUUUGAAUGACACUCUAGAAAGAAACCGAGUAGAACUGGAAAGAUUGAGAUCAGUCUUUCAGACCAUUUGGCAAGAACAGUUGUAUAGAAUUCAUGUUGAACAAGAUAUAUUCCAGUCACAAAUGACUGAUAUUACAAAUUUACAAAGUGAAGUAAAACAAUUGGCGACAUUAGCUCAGCAAUUAGAUCCUUAUGUCAAACGCUUAACAUCUAAGCCAAAUAAUAACGACAUGGCUGAUUUAAAAAGCUUAUUAGAUCGACUAAGUUCAUUGCAACAAUCUCAAAGAUUUCCAAUGGGGUGCCAUAAAAUAGAAUCACACUGCAUGAGCAGUUCAUCACCUUUAUCCGACAAUGUAUAUGUAAAAGAUAAUACACUAGAGACUCCAGUAAGAGAAAAAGAUCAACAAAUAUUAUACUUUCAUAAGACACAAUCUACAAAAAAUGUAUUAUCCCAUAAGGUGGAUAAAGUGUGUACACGUGAUAAAACGUUUCAAGAGUUUAGAGAAAGAAGCAAAUCCGAAGGCCGUAUAAAAGAUUGUCCCAUUCGGUCCAAAGCGAAAAGUGUUGCCAACGAAGAAUGCGUGAAAAACACAAGAGCAUGUUCUUUAUAUCAAAUGAUUGAUAUUCGUGAUGUCCAACAUCUUGCUGCACAAUCAACUUCUAAUAUACAUGAUUCAAAUAUUGAAAUGUCUGAUAGACUAAGAGAAUACUUAAAAGAUCAUCUGAAAAAAAAAAUGAACUUUGAGAUUAUAAAAGACAAUAAAGAUAACCAAAAAUCGGAACUUAAACAAACGUUUGAGUAUAUUGAAGGAAUGAUUGGAGAGGUUGAAACCAUUAGUUGCGAACCAAAAGUUUGCCGUAAACAAGGAGGAAAAUUUCACAAGAAGGCCAUGCCACUACCACCUGAAGAUCCUAUGCCCAUACCCGUGGCUGCUCCGAGAAGAUAUAAACGUUAUCCACAUUCAGAUACGGAAGAUGGUGCUAUGCAUCAAGAACCUAUUUCAUUCAGGCGUACUACUUCCCCCGAGGGUGAUAAAAGCACACGCACAUCAAAUUCAGUUCGUUGCCGAUCCAAAAAAACAGGUCCUGUCCGCAAACAAAGAUCGUGGGAAACGUUCCCAACUAGGAAGAAAUCAGUCACUCCGGAGCCUAGUAAAUUUUGUCGCGACCCAGAAUCUUUUCGCAGUCAAUUCGAUCUAAACACUUUUCAAGAUGGGUUACGGAAAGCAGAUAGUUUUGAAGGACAUGAAGAAGCUGUAAGUUCACUUGUAAGAGAGUUUCAUAAAGUUCGAUCGUUGGACAAAAAAUCGAAGAAAGUAGAUCUAUAAAUAAUUAAAAAAUCAAUAAAAAAAAUUAAUCAAAUUAGACAAUAGUUGUAAAAUGUUUUUGUGGUUAAUAUUUUUAUUCGAUAAUAAUAUUAAGUCAGAAAAUAUGAGUUUGGAGCAGUAUUCAAUUGUGAAAGAAAUUGUUGUUAUUAUAAAUAUAACUUUCGUCUAUUUUUAAAUUAUAAUUUUAUUCAUUUUUUUUUUUUAGAGGAAAUGUCAAUAAUUCAAAUUUUACAAAUUAAGUGCUUUUAAACGAAACUUUUAUGCAAAAUUCUUAGCUUUGCUUUUUUCGUAUAAAUUGAAAAUGUUUUUCAAAUUAAAUUUUUGUUGAUAAUAUGUUAUGUAGUUUAAGUUGUCGCUAGAGUAUUAUUAUUUGCAUUUAAUGUUGUCUCUUUCGUGCGUUUACCAUAGUAAUGUAUGCAAUACUUUAACAGUUAGUACGGUAUAUCUUGAUAUACUAUCGUUUUGUAAAUGACACAAAACAUGUUUCAUUACACAUUAGUUAUAAUAGUCAGUGUGUACUGUAAAUAUUUAGAUCUUAUUGUGUGCAACAAGUAAUUUUUAACGCACGUGCGUAAUUUUAUUUUUCAUUUAAAUUCUAAGUGUUUUUGAUGUAACGUAAUUGAGUUACGCUUUUUUGACAUUAUUUAUGAUGGCUAAAAAAAAUUAACAUUAAAUUAUAUGUUUUUUAUACUAUCGAAUUUUUACUUUUUCGGUAUAUAAUUUCAUAGUAUAUCAGUGUAAUGUAAUAUAUCUAUU